UCAAAAAAAAUGUCUGUAUCCAUGGCAACAAAGGAUUCAAGCUGGUGGGUCUUAACCCUUCCCGCUUUCCUGGGCUCCAAAAUCCUGGUGGAUGAAUACUUCAUCAUCGCCGCCCUCUCCAUCUUCGUCUCCCUCGCCCUCCUCUCCUACCUCCUCUCCCCCGGCGGCGCCGCCUGGAAAAACAACCGCACCCGCCUCGGCCCCGUCUCCAUCCCGGGCCCACGCGGCCUCCCUUUCCUCGGCUCUCUCCUCUCCCUCUCCCAAGGAUCCCUCGCCCACCGCACCUUACACUCGCUCGCCUUCUCCCACCCCUCCCGCCGCCUCCUCAUGGCCUUCUCUCUCGGCCGCACCCCCGCCGUCGUGUCCUCCGACCCUCAAAUCGCCAAAGAAAUCCUCACCUCCGUCAACUUCUCCGACCGCCCCAUCAAGCAGUCCGCCCGGUCCCUCAUGUUCUCCCGCGCCAUCGGCUUCGCUCCCAACGGCACCUACUGGCGCCUCCUCCGCCGCAUCGCCGCCACCCACCUCUUCGCCCCGCGCCGCAUCGCCGCCCACGAGCCCGGCCGCUGCAAUGACGCGUCUUCUAUGCUUAGUAACAUCUCUCUUGAUCAGUUCCAAAACGGCGCCGUUUCGGUCAGGAAGCAUCUCCAGAAGGCCGCCUUGAGCAACAUCACCGGCAGCGUGUUCGGGCGGAGGUACGAGGGCGCCGAGGCCGCGGAGCUGGAGGAGAUGGUGAGGGAGGGAUUCGAGCUGCUCGGCGCCUUCAACUGGUCCGAUUAUGUGCCGUGGAUGACUUGGUUCUACGAUCCCCGCCGCAUUUCCGCACGGUGCGAAUCCCUCGUGCCACGUGUCAGGAAGUUCGUCUCUGAGAUCAUCCAAGCCCACAGGCAGAACAAACCAGAACAACAAAACGUGUCCUUUACCGGUGAUUUCGUUGACGUUUUGCUGUCUUUGGAUGGCGAUGAGAAGCUCCAUCAGGAUGACAUGAUCGCCGUCUUAUGGGAAAUGAUAUUCAGAGGGACGGACACUACGGCUUUGCUGACGGAGUGGAUACUGGCGGAGCUGAUUCUGCACCCGGAAAUCCAGACGAAGCUCCGCCGCGAAAUCGACGAUCUCGCGGCGGCAAAGGGAGGAGAGUUGACGGAUGCUGACGUGGCGGGUCUCCCGUAUCUUCAGGGUGUAGUGAAGGAGACUCUCCGGGUCCACCCGCCUGGCCCGCUUCUGUCCUGGGCCCGACUCUCCACGUCGGAUGUCCAGCUCAGCAACGGGAUGGUGGUCCCUGCUGGCACGACAGCUAUGGUCAACAUGUGGGCCAUCGCCCACGAUCCUGCCGUGUGGGAGAAUCCGCAGGAGUUCCGCCCGGAGCGCUUUGUGGCUUCCAUGGGCGGGGCUGACGUGGACGUGCGUGGUGGGGAUCUGAGGCUGGCUCCGUUCGGGGCCGGGAGGAGGGUUUGCCCUGGUAAGAAUCUCGGGAUGGCGACCGUGGCCAUGUGGGUGGCCAAGCUCGUCCGCAGGUUUGAGUGGGCCGAGGAUGCUGCCUCCCCGGUCGAUUUGAGCGAGAUGCUCAAGCUGUCGUGCGAGAUGAAGUUCCCGUUGUCCGCGGUCGUGAUGGAGAGGGACGUUCCCUAUUAAACCAAAAAAAGAACGUGUUUGGGCUCUUAAUUUUAGUUAUUUAUGUUUGCUUUUAUUUGUUUGAUUAAAAUGGAUUUCAAAAUUGUUGAUUCCUAAUUUUGACGUUGUUUCUGGAGUCAACAGUUUUAAUGUUUGUAUUGACUAUAUAUAUAUAUAGUUGAUUAUUAAUGAAAGUAUAUUUUAUUUA